AUGGCUCCUCCUGCUGCUCCGGGGGAGAGGACCCUAAAAGAGACACCGACAUGGACCGUGGCGGUCGUCUGUGCAGUUUUCAUACUCAUAUCUCUAAUCAUAGAACAUGGAAUUCAUGCUCUAGGAAAGUGGUUCCAGAAACGCAACAAGAAAGCCAUGAUUGAAGCUUUGGAGAAAAUUAAAGCUGAGCUAAUGCUGUUGGGAUUCAUAUCCUUACUACUCACCGUGGGAACUCGAUAUCUUCCAAAGAUAUGCGUCCCCGCAAAUAUUGCAGACACGAUGCUUCCCUGCGGUUUAAAGUCACAAUACGCCGGCGACAGUGAUAAGGGAGGGAAGGGCGACGAUGAUAAAGAUAAAGGAGGAGGCGGUGACCGACGGAAGUUACUUUCGUAUGCCGAAAACAUGAUAUGGCGUCGAGUCUUAGCUCCCAGUGGAGAUUCCGGUUCUUGCUCAUACGGUAAAGUGCCAUUGAUAUGAAUAUCUGGAAUGCACCAAUUGCAUGUAUUCAUCUUCGUCCUCGCUGUUUUUCAUGUUCUCUACAGUGUCCUCACUAUGGCACUUGCGCAGGCCAAAAUGAAGAAAUGGAAGGCCUGGGAAUCUGAGACAACGUCCUUGGAAUACCAAUUUACAAAUGAUCCUGCAAGGUUUAGGUUUACUCGUCAAACUUCAUUUGUGAGGCGACACUCUGGCUUUUCUACAACACCUGGAAUCAGAUGGAUCGUGGCAUUCUUUAGGCAAUUCUUCGGUUCGGUGACAAAGGUGGACUAUCUGACCAUGCGCCAUGGAUUUAUAAAUGCACAUUUUGCUCCAAAUAGCAAAUUUGAUUUCCAUAAGUACAUCAAGAGAUCUAUGGAAGAUGAUUUUAAGGUGGUUGUGGGUAUUAGUGUACCACUAUGGAUUUUCGCAGUGGUCUUCUUGCUUCUAAACGUUUACAAAUGGUACACGCUUACUUGGUUGUCAUUGGCGCCACUCAUUAUUCUUCUGUUGGUGGGUACAAAGCUUGAACUUAUCAUAAUGGAGAUGGCCCAAGAAAUGCACGAUCGAAAUACAAUUGUUAAAGGGGCUCCAGUAGUAGAGCCAAGCAAUAAGUACUUUUGGUUUAAUCGACCCGAGUGGAUUCUCCUCUUGAUUCAUUUCACAUUAUUUCAGAACGCUUUCCAAAUGGCGUAUUUCUUGUGGGUAUCUACUGAAUUUGGCUUCACUUCAUGCUUUCACGAAAACUUGCCUCUCAUAAUCACAAGGGUUUGCCUUGGAUUUGUCCUACAAAUCCUAUGCAGUUACAUUACCUUCCCUCUUUAUGCUUUGAUCACACAAAUGGGAUCUCACUGGAAGAAAGCAAUUUUCGAGGAUCAAACAGCGAAAGCUCUUAAGAACUGGCAGAAAGCUGCAAAGAGUCGUAAAAAGUUAAGAAGCAAAGGAGGCGAUGCUUCUGUUAACUCGUUUAUGAGUCCGGAAAAUACACCAAGCCGGGGUUCAUCACCAAUGCACCUCCUCCACAACCAAAAGCAGAGGUCCAAUCAAUCGGAUCUCGAAAGUGUCCUUAACUCCCCGAGAUCUGUUUCUUACCAAUCUGAUACCGAUCUAUCUGAGAUGGAGGGUGGCUCUGCACAUGGUCAUGGCAGUAUUGAUGCUCUAAGAAGAGAAGAUCAUCAUCGACCAGAAAGGAAGGAAGGGUUGCAUGAUUUUUCCUUUGUUCAGCCUUGA